UGGGGGGCGGGGGGUUCGGCAAUAACCUUGCUCUCACCGCGUUCAUAUUCACAGGCUGUGGGUCUGCCGUCGUGUCGCCCUGAGAGUUGGGCCAGAUUUCUGUGCAUCACGCACGGAUCAUUCCCCCCAAAAUUAGAUGCCGUAAAGACUGGAGCCAUGCCUUUGAGCCUGUUGCAGGACUGGUGCAGGGGGGAGCAUCUGAACAUCCAGAGGUCCAUGCUCAUCCUGGGGAUUCCUGAGGAGUGUGGUGAGGAUGAGUUUGAGGAGAGUCUUCAGGAAGCUCUCAAGCAUCUGGGCGCGCAUAGGAUCAUUGGCAGGAUGUUCAGGAGGGAGGAGAAUGCCCAAGCGUUUCUCCUGGAGCUUGCCAAAGAUAUGGACUAUGCUUUGAUCCCCAGGGAAAUCCCCGGAAAGGGAGGGCCCUGGAAAGUGGUAGUAAAACCUCCUAACUCAGAUGGUGAGUUUCUCAAGAGACUGAACCGCUUCUUAGAGGAGGAGAGGCGGACGGUGUCAGACAUGAACAGAGUCCUCGAAUCGGACACCAAUUGUCCCUUUCCCAGAGUGGCCAUAUCACCAGAUUUCUGGACUUGGGCCCAGACCCUGGGGGCAGCAGUACAGCGUCUGCUAGAACAAAUGUUAUACCGAGAACUAAGAGUGUUUUCUGGGAACACUGUGUCAAUUCCAGGGGUGUUGGCCUUUGAAACCUGGCUUGAGCACACCACUGAGAUGUUACAGAUGUGGCAGGUGCCUGAGGGGGAAAAAAGGAGGCGGCUGAUGGAAUGCUUGCGGGGCCCUGCUCUGCAGGUGGUCAGCGGGCUCCGAGCCCACAACGCUGCCAUAACUGUGAAGGAGUGCCUGGCAGCCCUGCAGCAGGUGUUUGGACCUGUGGAGAGCCGUAAAAUCGCCCAUGUAAAGUUUUGUAAGGCCUAUCAGGAGGCAGGAGAGAAAGUCUCUAGCUUUGUGUUACGGUUAGAACCCCUGCUGCAAAGAGCCGUAGAAAAAAAUGUGAUACCCCGAAGGAAUGUGAAUCAGGCUCGUCUGAAACAAAUUUUAGGUGGGGCCACCCUUACUGACAAACUUCGAGACAAGCUUACGCUACUGAAACAGCGAAGGAAGCCUCCUGGUUUCUUGGCACUGGUGAAGCUCCUGCGUGAGGAGGAGGAGUGGGAGGCCACCUUAGGCUCUGAGAGGCAGAAGCUGGACCCGCUGGGAGUAGGCAUGAGACCACCUGCCAGACUAGUGUCUUUCCCUGCCCCUGACAAUACUCUACAGGCGAGUCCUUCCCAAAGUUCCCGGCGCAGGAGAGGCAGAGGCCAACACCACAGGGAGGGUGUGUCCGGGGCUGGCUCUCGAAGUUCAGGAAAACGGAACCGCCACACCUUCUGCUAUAGCUGUGGAGAUGAUGGCCACAUCAGGGCACAGUGUAGCAACCCUCCAAACCUUCUCUUGGUAAAGCAGAAGAGACAGGCUGCAAUGAAGUCGGGAAACGGGAGCUGGGCUUGGGACAAGAGCCAACCCAAGCCCUAGAAAGCCAAGGCUCAAGAGAACCAGGCACCCCUUCUACUACCAGGCAGAAGAAAGGUUUUAACAAGGGGAAGGGGCAGUCCGCACAAGCAGCAGAGGACCUGAGUGGGGCAGAAGGGCAGGGCAGUCAGGACCAGGCCAAGCCCCCUCACCCUCCACCAGCUCAAAGGGACUCCACCCAUGAAGCCGAACUCGGCUCAUGGAGGGCCAAGCACACGGUCCUGAAGAGGUACCAGCAACACAAACAAGGGGCCACCACACCCGGUACAUGGGCUGCUCCAGCCACGGACAGGGACCCCACCACGGCAGAGGCUGAUGGAGGUGCAAUUGGGGGCUUUGGCCUCAGCCCCUUCAUCUGGCCACCCCCAAACGCCCACCCUGUGUGCUCUGAGCUAAGAAUGCCGACCAGCCGCCAGGCCACGUGGGGCCUGGAGCAGCCUUCCCCAGGGCCGCCCCUGCCAGAAGGAGCCAGUGCAGGCGAGGAAGAGCUGCUGCACACAGAGGUAGUGUCCCCCACCCAGAGGGGAGGCCGCAGGGUCCAGUCCGUCCUCGGAAUCAUUUACAGCGCUUCAGGGGAGCCCCAGGAAGGCAGCACCUCGAGCCCCUGUGCAAGUCAGGCCAGGAGACCCAAAGGUCCUGGGAGCGCAGCGCCAACCUACAGGCAGUUUCCUCCCCCUGCAGCCUGGAUGGGCUAUGGGGGCAAGGAGAGCGAGGACAGAGAAGAGCCCCAGAGCCACUGGAGACCUGGAGACGGCAUGCAGAGAACAGGGACUGGGCUGGCGAACCACCACUCAGCAGCUGCCAAGGCCAGCUCCAGCCCCAAACCCUGCCAACUCGGACAGCUGAGUAUCCCUGAAUACCCCUGGGAACACCCCUGAGCAGCCCGUCCCAGUCUAGGUGAGGGACACCUGAAGACGUGUGUCACUCACCCUGCACUGGGAGACAUUAGGGGCUAUCGCGAGGGUUCCUCCCAUUCCCCGUCCCCUGGGGCAGGCUGCUCCCUGUGCUGGGAAGCCCUCACUCUGUUUCUCUGUAGGCCCCACAGUGUCCCUCGUGUCAAGUAAUCACCCCCCCACACACACAGUUCCUGUGUAGAGCUGCCAGGUGUGUGUGUCCCCGGGUGGGUGUCCUCGCCGACCUGGGCAGUCACCUCUGGGCCCUGGCACGUGCUGUGAGCUUCCUGCCAGCCAAGGCUCUGCUCACUCUCAUCCAGUGUCAUGAGCUCAAUCUCUGCUUUCUCGGCAUAGAUUUAGGCUAACCGCUGCUUGUUCUUGUGGAGAUGUGUGUGUUCUUGUCUGAGCAGUUACCCCCGCUGACCACCCCACCCCGGAGACCCCGAGCCCAGCCCCAGGAGACUGCAGGAAACACGGAUGAGGGCAUGGCCAGUGCUCACCUGUGACCUCAGGAGGGAAGAACUGCACCGGGGCCAGAGGGGGACUGUGUCUCACCCUGUUGUUCCUUGUGACUCAGUUUCCUCGGCCUGGUGGAGUGUCCCCUGCUGUGUUUUCCAGCAUCCUGUGACUGUCCUGUCCGGCCCAUAGGGCAGGGCCAGACCCAGCAUGUGGGCCAGAGGGGGAGGGGUGCCCUGCAGUGAGUGGACAUCGCCAGCGUCCAUCAUCCUGCAAAAGCCCAUUGUGGGGCCAUCAGGAUGGGGGACUGUGGCAGGAGGGUCUUGUUAUGGGGGGGUGGCAGCUGAUGCAUCUCAUCAGGGACCCCAAAGAAAAGGGGACCCGAGACCUAUGG